AUGUCGAAAAAAUUUGGCAUCAAUACAAAAUCAUCUGAAGCUCGUGCAAGAAAAGAUGCUGUUAAACAAGCUAAUGAACAGGAAAAACAAAAACGUUUAGAAGAUGAAUAUUGGCGUGAGGAUGAUAAAAAUGUUCAAAAAAAACAACAAAGAAAAGACGAACGAGAACAAAAAGAACAUGAAAAAGUACAGCGGAAACAAGAUCUUCAAAAAUUACUUGAACAAGAGGAAACAUCAUUAACAGCAGCAAAACCGAAAAAGAAUACUGAUUUAGUACCUAAAAAAGUAACUCAAGCACAAAUUCAACAAAGACAAGCUGCAGCUGCUGCCGCUACUGAUACUAAUGAAACUAAACAAAACAAAAUGGAUGAAGAAGAAAUUGCAAUUGAAGAAAAUAUUAAUCGUUUAAAAAUUGAUGGCAGUUCAGCUCGAAAUGUUGAUGAGGCUAUUAAUGUUUUACAAUCAUCAUCACAAAUUUCACUUGACAGUCAUCCAGAAAAACGUAUGAGAGCAGCAUUUGAAGUAUAUGAAAAAGAAAAUUUACCUAAACUAAAACAAGAACAUCCAUCAUUACGUUUAUCACAAUUAAAACAAUUAUUAAAAAAAGAAUGGAUGAAAUCACCUGAUAAUCCAUUUAAUAGACCAACGAAAGCAUAUAAUGAAGGAAAUAGUUUAACAAAAAAUACUGGAAUAGGAGAAAAAGAUGAAGAAGAUUCUGAUCAUGAUGAAAAUUAA